CAUAUUUGAUUGUGAUUGAUCAAUUUCUUUACUGCUUAAGUUUUUCUAUGUGUCACUAGCUUAAUGACGUAAAAAGUAUGCUGUUAACAAUGGUAUACAAAACUACUGAAUGUGCUAGUAAAUUACUUUCCAAACCGGGAAAUGAAAAACCGCAAGAAUUCAAGAGGCAGCAAAUACAAUACGAAGAUUUAACUACCGAUUUCAAGGAUAAAUCUGUCGAUUUCUCCAAACAGUUUUGUUAUAUUUAUACAGUGAGACUAGCGGAGCUAAGGGAGAUAUUGAUACCACGAAUUAUUGCAAAAUGGAGUGAUACGAAGAUAUUGAAAUUGGCAGAAUUAGAAGAUUUUGAAGGACAAGAAUGCGUAAUAAUUGGUACUCUUUACAAACAUCAAAAGUGGAAGCCAUCGAUACUGCAAGAGUUAAGCGAAGAUCAUCAACUUACAUUGCCUGAGCCAAGAUCAAAUUACUGCUCAGAAAAUGAUCAACUUUUUUUGGAAGAUGAAAUGUUACGUAUUAAAUUAGUAGUUGACGGUACAGAGUUGAGGAACUAUGUCACAGGAAUUGUAUGUGCCAUAUUAGGUCAUAAAGAAAAAGAUGGCACAUUUGUGAUCAAAGAAUGGUGCUUUCCUGGUUGUAUACCCAAGAGUUUGUCAGCACCACAAUCUAGGGGAAAACUGGUGUUCCUUUCUGGACUCGACUUGGCAAACAGCUUUGAAAAUUUGUCACUGGAACUUUUAACAGAAUGGAUCUGUGGUAUGUCUGGUGAUGCAACAGCGCAAGAGGAUGUUACUUGUGUUGUUAGAGUUAUUAUUGCUGGUAAUUCCGUGAAAACUGCUACAAGGACAAACACCCUGAUUGGACAUGCCGAAGGGAAGGCACAGGAUACCGCGAUAGUAAAGGAAUUAGCUGUAGCGACGAAACAUGUGGACGCGUUUCUCGCUGAAAUAGCAAAAUGUUGUUGCAUCACUUUGAUGCCAGGUCAGCACGAUCCCACGAAUGCUAUGCUGCCUCAGCAGCCGCUACAUCCGUGUGUACUACCAUUAACGUCGAGAUAUCAAAGUUUUAAAGGUGCGACUAAUCCAUGGAUCGGUAGAAUCGCUGAGCGUGUGAUAAUGGGCAGCAGCGGACAACCAAUCGAAGAUAUCGCGAGAGUAACGGGUGCGGUGGAUAUUUCUUCUUUAGAAUGGCUGGAAAGAACACUGCUUUGGAAACACAUGUGCCCAACUGCUCCAGAUACAUUACCGGUGCAUCCUUAUUCUGAGAGAGAUCCGUUUAUUAUAAAACAUUGCCCGGAUAUAUAUUUUGUAGGUAACACGGCUAAAUUUGAAACAAAGUUAUGGAAAGGUGAAGACAAUCAAGUGGUUCGACUAAUUUGUAUUCCCCAAUUUUCUUCUACACAUACUGCAGUUACUGUGGAUAUUGAAAGUUUGGAUACUAAAUCUGUUUAUUUUGGGAGAGGAUAGAUGUCUGAAUAAAUACAUCGAAUACACAAUUAUAUCUCAGGAAGCAACAGAACGCAUGUCGCUAUCAUCAAUCCAUAUUUUUGUAUUCGUGUUCUUUGAUAUAUUUCUGUACUAUUUAUACAUUAUACGCUAAGAUUUGGGAAUAAAAACGUGACUUUGUAUUUUCAGAAUA